UCCAUCGACUCAUCAAUUCCCCCAAACUGCAAAACCCUAGCGCACUUCCUGGCUCCAAGGGAAGGAAACACUUUUACACACGAAGAUUUCUAAUUGCCCAGACCAUCCCUUUCUCGAGCUCUGAAGUCAUUUCGAAAUAAGAUAUGGCUUCUCCACUGGUCGCUGGACUCACUAUUGCUGCUGCCGCUUUAGCUGGUCGGUAUAGCAUUCAGGCUUGGCAAGCAUUCAAGGCAAGGCCACCAACGGCCAGAAUGCGUAAAUUUUAUGAAGGAGGUUUCUAUCCGAAAAUGAAUAGGAGGGAGGCAGCCCUUAUACUCGGAGUUAGGGAAAGCACGCCGGAGGAUAAAGUGAGGGAAGCCCACAGAAGGGUGAUGGUAGCAAACCAUCCAGAUGCAGGCGGCAGCCAUUACCUCGCCUCCAAAAUUAAUGAAGCCAAAGAUUUACUGCUUGGGAAGACAAAGAGCAGUGAUUCUGCAUUUUAAUCUUCACCAAAGUUUCGAGCAGAAACCGUUGUUUCGGUAUCAAAUUAGAAAUUUCAUUUAUCCAUUGUUACAAGAGCAAUGAUUUAUUAUGCAAUAGAAAGCCUGAGUAAAUCCAAUUUUUGUGCACCAAAUGCAACCAAGAAAUAUCUUGACAAUUUAUGCACUUCUUGUAUUUGUAAUUUUGUGUACUUGAAAGAAUGCAGAUUAUUUCAA